GCACUGCUGUCAGAGCCCUGCUCCUCCAGCAGCGGAACUGUACUGUAUAUGGCCUACUGCAGCUACAACUACAACGCGUGGAGGCAAGAAUGACACCGGCGCUCCCCUACAUCAAGACAACUUGAUCGUAAGAGCGGAUCUAUUUCCUUUCUAGAUUUAAAAAUAUCACAAUAAUGGCGCGCGUCAUUGCACCUUUACGGACACGAUUUAUCUCGGCGGUUUUUACAUUCACUGUAUUGUGGGGAUGUACGCUGUCCAUCACUCGGUACUCUAUACCGGAGGAGAUGGAAGAGGGCUCCUUUGUUGCCAAUCUGGCCACAGAUUUGGGUCUGGAUGUUCGCAGUUUGGUGCAGCGCAGUGCAAAGCUCGAUGUCAUUCACAGCAAAAAUUACCUUGACAUCAACAAAGAGACAGGGGAGCUGAUUAUCCGCGAGAAGAUAGACCGGGAAAGCAUAUGCAUGACUAAAACAACCUCGUGCUUUCUGAAAAUGGAUGUCAUUCUUGAAACCCCCAUUCGCAUUUUUAACAUCGAGUUAGAAAUCAUGGACAUCAACGACAACGCGCCUGUGUUUCGCAGAAGGACAAUGCACUUGGACGUUUCGGAGGCAACCCCUCCCGGUGAGAGAUUUUCACUGACAAACGCCGUGGAUGCGGACGUGGGGGCGAAUUCAAUCAAGACCUACUAUCUCAGCGAAAGCAAAUACUUCAACAUCGAUAUACAAACUGGCAGCGAUGGCUCCAAAUAUGUGGAUUUGGUGCUCAACGGUAAUUUAGACCGGGAGGAGCAUGCAGUUCAUAAUUUGAUUUUAACCGCUGUGGAUGGAGGGGUGCCUCCCCGCUCCGGUACAGCCAGCAUCAUUAUUAAUGUCCUGGAUAUCAAUGACAACGCCCCCCUGUUCAGUCAGGCGGUGUUUGCAGUCAACUUUUCAGAGAACUCGGCUGCAGGGAGCGUGGUCAUGACCUUAAACGCAACAGACUUGGAUGAAGGCACAAACGCUCAGUUAAUAUACUCAUACACGCUGUACACCUCAGAGAAGACUCAGGAGCUCUUCUCGCUUGAUUCAAACUCAGGUGAGAUCAAGGUGAAAGGGGUGAUCGAUUAUGAGGAGAGUCAGAGUUUUGAGAUGCACAUCCAGGCCCAGGACAGAGGGGCGAACCCGCUGUCGGGACACUGUAAAGUCAUAGUGUACGUCACAGAUCUGAACGAUAACUAUCCUGAGGUGACCAUCAAGUCUGUGAAAAGUGCACUGACUGAGGAUGUCUCUGUAGGGACCCUAAUUGCAGUGGUCAGUGUCAGCGACAGGGACUCCGGGGUCAACGGGGAAGUGGAGCUCACUUUGAAUCAUCAAGAAUCUUUGCCAUUCCUCCUGAACAAAUCCUCAGAGGGUUACUUUGAGCUGCUGGUUUCAAAGCCACUGGACAGAGAGUUAAUAAGCAAAUAUGACCUCACACUGAGGGUGACAGACAAAGGCUCGCCGCCCUUAUCAGAAAAUGAAGCCAUCACGUUAGACAUUUUGGAUAUCAACGACAACGCACCCACAUUCUCCCAGCCCUUCUACACAAUCCAUGUUGUGGAGAAUAAUCUACCAGGGGCAUUAUUGACGUCUCUUAGUGCGUUUGACCCAGAUCUCAAUGAGAACCAGUACUUAGUUUAUUUCAUAAUGGAGAAGGAGAUUGUUAACACGUCCAUGUCAAUGCUGUUCUCCAUCAAUCCUGAGAAUGGUGAUCUUUAUGCCCUGAAGACCUUCGACUAUGAGAGAGAGAGGGAUUUCCUUUUCCACAUCGAGGCGAGAGAUUCUGGUGUUCCCCCGCUGAGCAGCAACGUGACAGUUCACAUCAUCGUUCUGGACCAAAACGACAACACCCCUCUCAUAGUGUCACCUUGGCGGGCGCAGGGCUCUGUCGUAGAGGAGGUGAUACCGAGGUCCACAGAUAAGGGGCACUUGAUAGCCAAAGUGAUCGCUAUUGAUGCCGAUUCUGAGCAGAACGCCAGGGUCACAUACCAGCUCCUGCAGAUCAGUGAUGCGACCCUGUUCAGCCUGGAUCAGUACAACGGUGAAAUCCGGACAACGAGGAUGUUCAGUUACAGAGACCCAAGACAACAGCGGCUGGUGGUCGUUGCCAAAGACAACGGUCAGCCUGCUCUCUCUGCUACUGUCACCAUCAAGAUAUCAACAGUGGAACAUGUCAUGUCCUUUUCAGAGACCACAGAGUUGCCAAUAGAGUAUGACGUCUUCACAGACCUGAACCUGUACUUAGUAAUCGGUUUAGGGGCUGUGUCAUUUCUGCUAUUGAUAACCAUUUUGGUUAUUAUUGUGCUGAAGUGUCAAAAACCAAAGCCAAAGGCCAUCAAGAUCCCCCCAGCCAACAGAAACAGUGUGAUCAGCCGGAACAGCGUGAUCAGCCAGAGAAGCUCCACCAUCGCAGAUUCCACGCUGAUCUCCAGCGAUGCCUACUGGUACAGUUUGUUCCUCGCAGAGACCAGGAAGGGCAAAGUGGUCGUGAGACAGCCCAUAAUUCCCAAAGGAGCUGGGUAUUUUGUAUCCAGUAUACCCAGAAGCAUAGGGCCAAGUGAGACCACAGACUCUAGAGCAUCCACACUGGAGUACUCAAAAUGAAAGGAAGUCCAUUCUACAACUGGAGCAGGAACCCAGGAGAGAACUGCCAUGAUAUAAUCAUCUCUUCAUGGGAGUCUCUGGCUGAAAUUCUUUCCCGUGACUCACAACGAGGAUGUAAAACAACUGUUCUCCUGCAGUCCCUCUGCUCCAACUGUUCUUUCCCUCUAGCUCCUCCAGUUCCCCCUACAAACAUCAACCACUCAUCGCCUCAGCUUUUCUACCAUCGUUUCUCUUUAGAGCAUGAAUCUGCAUGAUUCCACCACAAGUUCAAAAUCUUUGGACAUAGAAUUAAAAUCAUUUAGGGCAGGAUAUUUGGGCAUUUCUAGAGUUGCCUCAUCUAGUAAAUCAUUCCCUCAACGCUUUGAAACUCAUCAAUGGACAAAUUUGCCUUCGCUUCAGGGUUUACUCUGUGAAAAAAAGUUCUCAAAAACCAUCUGUAGCUCGCCAUGUUCGCAAGUCGCCAUCAUGCAACCUUUUUUAAGCAAAAGUUCAAAACACGCCUAUUCACAAAUACACACAUGAAUCAGGGUGAAUAUAAUUCUUCCAUAAAUCUGAUAGAUACUGAACUGUAGCUGGUUAUGUCACUGAUUCAGGCUUUGCACUAGUGUGUUUUGUUUUUGGAAUAAUAAUUUCUACUGUAUAAUGAGUCUCGCUGUUUAGCAAGGCUCAUACUGUCAACUAGUAACUUGCAGAUGAAAUAACCAAUGAUUUUAGAUUUCAAUGUUUUUUACAAUGUUUGUUGUGACUAACAGUGGUGAAUGUGUGAAAAUGACAAAAAAAGAAUGAAAGAAAAGAAACUGACAAAAAGGACAAAACU